AUGUUCCCUAAUACAUCGCUGCGACCCGGUGGGGCAGCAAACAUUGGCCUUCGAAGUAAGAAAACUGAGCUCUAUGGAGGUGCGAGAGGUGCGAAACCCCUGUCUUCUGCAUCAUCGGUGUACGGCAUGUCGGGUUCUAAUGGCUCCAAUUUGCCCCAUGCCAUCGGAGGGAGCGGCAGGAUUACAAAUGUUGGGUCAGGGUCACCACCAAUCUCUCAAGUCCUUCCUGUAGGUGGCAACUCUCAACUUAGUAGCCUACGGGAUGGCGAUGUGGCCAAGUCAAACCCCGUCCGGUACAGAACUCCGCAGAUGCAAAUGAUCGUAGCUGAACUGAGCGGUGCGCGGCAGGACGGGCCCAUGCUUCGCUACCGAACCGAUUUAGAUAAACACGUUAUUCACUUUGCAUUUCGUCGAUUUCCACGUAGUGUUGAAAUUGUGGAGGAUGAAGAAAUUACAGCAGGUGACUGGCAUUUCUUUUGGAUGAGUGUUGGACGUGUGCGCAGUCUGUUUUCCUCCUCUGAGUAUAGGUUGUCUGACUCUCAGAUCAUCAAUCACUUUCCCAACCACUACGAGUUGACACGAAAGGAUCUCAUGUACAAAAAUAUCAAAAAGUACAUAAAGGAUCCUAACAACGUACAGUUGAGGAUGCCGUAUAGCUUACCGGAGCAACUCGCCAAUGGUGGGGACAAUGUGACAUACUUGCGAUUUGCUGACUGUGUUCCCAUCACAUACAACAUUCCGAACGAUCUUGCGAUGUUUGAGGAGGAGUUCCGUCGGCAACCCGGCUCCACGUGGAUAGUGAAACCCACAUCCCGCUCUCAGGGCCGUGGAAUUUUCCUUAUCAAUCGCCUUUCACAGCUGAAAAAGUGGCUUAAGGAGCGGAAGGAGUUGGAUGAAUUUGAGGGCGUAAUGAUGAUGAACAGUUUUGUGGUAUCCAAGUACAUCAGGGACCCUUUGCUGAUCGGCGGGAAAAAAUUUGACCUGCGCCUGUAUGUCCUUGUUACUUCCUUCAAACCAUUGGUGGCCUACCUGCAUGAUCAGGGAUUUGCACGGUUCUGCGCGACACGGUAUGUUGCUAAUGCGUUGAGUGAUGAGGAUCUAUGCUCCCACCUCACCAACGUUGCUUUACAAAAGGGUGAGAAAGAAUAUAACGCCUCGCAUGGAGGUAAGUGGACGUUGGCAAAUCUCCUACUUUUCAUUCAAGGUCGUUUUGGUGCGGCUGCUGCCGACUGGUUGAUGCAUGGCAUUGAGUUUGUUAUCUACCAUAGUCUUCGUGCACUGGAAUCUGUGAUGUUCAACGAUCGCCACUGUUUUGAGUUAUAUGGGUACGACAUAUUAGUUGACUCGCAACUUCGACCACAUCUUAUUGAAGUAAACUCGUCACCGUCGCUGUCUACGACAACCGUCUCCGAUCGACUACUUAAGGAGGAGGUAUUGCAAGACGUUCUGCAGGUGGUUUUCCCACCCGAUUUUCCAUCGAACAACGCAAUGCCGUACUGGGAGUAUCGCUUGCGGGCGGAUUUAACCACCGCACUGCCAACUGGAUUUCGACUUUUGCAAGUAGGAGAGUGCUGA